AGAGGAAGCUGGCAAGCAGGAGAGCCAGGAAUCCACUUCAGCAGAGAGAAGAGUAGAGAAUGUUUUCUCGGAAGCGCAGUUUCACCUUCGGAGCCUAUGGAGGGAGAUCUGAUGAAGUGGAGCGCUGCAUCAGUGACAUCUUAGACUCUCCUGUCCAGGACCCCCAGACUGCACUUACCCCUGCUGUUCACAACAAGACUGUGGAUUUGUUUGAAAUGAUUGAAAAAAUGCAGGGGAGUCGUCUGGAUGAGCAAAGAUGUUCUCUCCCAACUCCGCUCAAGAGAGAAGAGGAGUAUAUCCCAUACCCUAGCAUCCAUGAGGUGUUACGGAAAGGGUGGCCAUACCCCCUCAUUAUCCUACCCCAGUUCGGGGGCUAUUGGAUUGAAGGAACCUGCCAUGGCCUCCUCAGCUCGACCUCAGCUCUGCCUGACCUGCCUUCCCCCUGCAGCAGUAAAGUGAAGCUAGAGUGUGACCCCACAGCCAAGCUGUACCGCAAGCACUUCCUGGGGAAGGAGCAUCAGAACUUUUACUCCAAUGACACAACCUUGGGCUACCUGAUCCUUUCCGUGAAGUAUGAGCAGAUUGAGAGGCAGGACAACUUGCACCUGCUGCUGAGGACUCGAACUGGUACCAAACAUGACUUGAUCCCCAUUUCUUGCCUGAAUGAGUUCCCCAAUGCAGUCCAGAUGGCAAAGCUGCUGUGUGAGGAGGUGAAUGUUGACCGAUUCUUCCCUGUCCUCUACCCCAAGGCUUCCCAGCUCAUUGUUGCCUUUGAUGAACACGUCAUAAGCAAUAACUUCAAAUUUGGGGUCAUCUACCAGAAAGCUGGGCAGACCACAGAGGAAGAAGUCUUCAGUAACACUGAAGAGAGUCUGGCCUUCCUGGAGUUCCUGGAUUUCCUUGGAGACAGAAUCCAGCUGCAGGAUUUCCGUGGAUUCCGAGGCGGCUUGGAUGUCACGAGGGGUCAAACUGGUACUGAAUCAGUCUAUACCAAUUUCCGCGGCAAGGAGAUCAUGUUCCAUACAUCUACGAAGCUGCCAUUCACAGAGGGAGAUGCCCAGCAGCUGCAGCGGAAGCGUCACAUUGGGAACGACAUUGUGGCCAUUGUCUUCCAGGAUGAAAACACUCCCUUUGUCCCUGACAUGAUAGCGUCUAAUUUCCUGCAUGCCUAUGUGGUGGUACAGCUCGCUCAUGGUGCCAUUGGGGAGACCCUCUACAAGGUUUCAGUAACAGCUCGAGAUGACGUCCCCUUCUUUGGACCCCCACUCCCAAAUCCAGCCAUAUUUAAAAAGGGUCCAGAGUUUCGUGAAUUCCUCUUGGCUAAGCUAAUCAAUGCUGAGUACAGCUGCUACCGGGCUGAAAAGUUUGCCAAACUAGAGGAGCGGACUCGCAGUGCCCUUCUAGAGAGCCUUUUUGAGGAGCUGCAGCUCCGUAGCCGCAGCAUGAUGGGCCUGGCCUCUGGGGACGAUGACAAGAUGGAGAAUGGAGGUGGUGGCUUCUUUGAAAAUUUCAAGCGGGUGAUCAGAGGCCGCAGCCAGAGCCUGGAUACCAUGGGGAUAGCCAUGAGGAAACAGCAGCAGCCGGCAACCCCACCCAGCCGCCCGGCUACUGCCAGCCUUGCUCUCAACCAGAGUGUCGCUGAGGGCACCAAGGCUAUUGCUGCGUCCUUUGCCCUGCCUGGGAGGAGCCCAUCACGUACUCGAGGCAGCCACUUCCACGGGCGUCGCAGCAGUGCCAUUGGCAUUGAGAACAUCCAGGAGGAGAAGAGUAGGGAUGUUGCUGACAGAAUCCAGAAGGUGCUGGAGAGUCCAGGACCCCUUUUUGACCUGAAGUCUGAUGGCUCCUCCAGUCCCAGUUCCCCAGAGUUCCCAAACAGGAAGAACAAAACUCUCUCCAGUCAAACCUUGGGAUAUUGUGUGAUGCAGCCACUCUCACACUCCUCAUCCAACGUGAGCAGCUGCUGUAGUGGAGUGAGGGAAAAUGAAACAUCUGAGGAAGAGGAGAAUGAGAUGGAGCUGAUGUGCUCUCUUGAGGGUCCUCAGAAGCGGGAUUCCCUGGUUCAGAGUGUGUGGCUGGAUGACAGUGUGGGCACACCCAGUAGUGCUAGCUCACCAGUAACCCGACUGCUCCCUUCUAGCAACGCUGCAGGCUCCAUGGAGAAGGGGAAAGGCAGCAAGGCAGAUGCUCAGCGUUACAGCCCGGCCUCCAUUUUGUGCUGUGUGUGAUGUCAUCGCUGGAGGGGUGUCACGGUGCAUACUAGGUAAUGCACAGGAUUUGCUGCUGAAGUGAAGGGCCUGGCUACUCCUCGCCUUAGAGAUUCAGAGGAGAAAAGCUGGAUUCCCAAGACUGCUG